CGUCUUGACACUUCGAUGAAGACAGACGCCUCCCUGUCCCCCCAGCCAGGAACAUGAAGGGCUUAUCGGGUGGCCGCUCCCAGCACCAGAUCCCCUCGCCCCAUGGGCUAGACCAGUUUGACCAUCCUCAAGACUUCCAUGGCAUGGGCCACCAUGGCGGAGCCUCUGAGUCGCGCCACUCCUCCUACCUGCUCAGCCCCACCGAGAGCUGCCCAAUGGACUACCACCACCGCUACUCACCACGCAGCUCCAUCCACUCUGACUGCAUGAUGAUGUCCCCCGUCAUCAUGGCACCCUCGUCGGGUGUUGGUGGCGGCGCAUCCAUUGACCACAUCUCCAGCAGCACCUUCCCCAGAAUGCACUACAGCUCCCAGUACUAUGACUCGGCCACGCGGGAUGACUGCGCCGCCAUCACCGCCUCCGCCACCUCCCAUGGCAGCGGCAAGAGCAACCGCAUCCCGGCAAACCUGCUUGACCAGUUUGAGAAGCAGCUGCCACUGCACCGUGACGGCUUCCACACACUGCAGUACCAGAGGACGUCCACCACCACCACCACGGAGCAACGCAGCGAGAGCCCCGGACGCAUCCGCCACCUUGUCCACUCCGUCCAGAAGCUCUUCACCAAGUCCCAUUCCCUGGAGGGCUCAUCCAAGAUGAACGGAACCAAAGGUGACGGUGGAGGAGGGGGACACCACGGCGGCUCCCAACACAGCCACCACGGAGGCUCCAAGCAUGGCAGCAAGCGAAGUAAGAGCAAAGAGCGCAAGACGCACCGCUCGGGGGGAGCGGGCGGCUUCUGGAGUUCCGACGACAACCUGGACAGCGACAGCACCUACCGCACGCCCAGUGUCAUGAGCCGUCACCAUGGCGACCAUGCCCAUGCCGCCCACUGCUACCCGGACUCCAUGCACCACAGUCACUUUGGAGACCUGUCCCUCAAGACCUCCAAGAGCAACAACGAUGUCAAGUGCUCAGCAUGUGAGAGCAUGGCCAUGACUCCGGAGGGGAAGUUUAUGAAGAGGAGCUCCUGGUCCACGCUGACCGUCAGCCAGGCCAAGGAGGCCUACAGGAAGUCCUCCCUCAACCUCGAGAAACCCAUGAUGCACACAGACCUCAAGCCCUCGCUACGGGCCUGUCACUACCUACAGGUGCCUCAGGAUGAGUGGAGUGGAUACCCAGAGGAUGGGGACCAGGACGAGGAGAUCCCGUGUCGGCGGAUGCGCAGCAGCAGCUACGUCAAAGCCAUGGGAGAAGAAGACAACGACUCUGGUGGCGAAUCUGAUGGCAGCCCCAAGACCUCGCCCCAGAAGGCCAUCCGACCCGACGCCCUCGUCCUCAAAUCAGCUAUGCAGAGACCCCACAUAGAACCCCAAAGUCAGAGCUACCACUUGCAAACCACCCGAGACAUGAUGCGGCCCCAUCCCAGUGUCACCCUGGACCCAGCCACCAACUACCCCCAACACCAUAUACCCCUCGGCCCUCAGUUCCGAUCCCGGAACCAGAGCUACAUGCGCGCGGUUAGCACCCUCAGUCAGGCAAGCUGCGUCAGCCAGGUGAGUGAGACUGAGGUCAAUGGCCAGUUUGAGUCAGUUUGCGAGUCCGUUUUUAGCGAAGUAGAAUCCCAGGCCAUGGAAGCCUUGGACCUGCCUGGCUCGUUCCGCACUCGAAGCCACAGUUACCUGCGUGCAAUUCAGGCUGGGUAUUCCCAAGAUGACGACUGCUUGCCUUCAAUGACAUCCUCCACUGUCACUUCAACUCUCAGAUCCACAACAGCGGUGACGCACACGCCUAGCUAUAAGGCAAAGACGCCACCGCCGGUGCCACCUCGCGCCACCUCCAAGCCCCUCAUCUCGGUGACGGCCCAGAGCAGCACAGAUUCCACCCAGGAUGCCUACCACGAGGGAAGGCACCCGCGGGGGAGUAUCCUGUGGGCGCCGGACGGUCUGGGCGGCUCGGGUCGAAACCUCUACAACUCCACCGACAGCCUGGACAGUGCCAAGGCGGUGACGUUGGCCAUGGAGACGGCGGCGGGCAAGCGGCACGCCUCCAUGGGCAGCCACAGCUCCGUGCAGACGUGUGACAAGGCGGUGCUCGUGUCCAAGGCUGAGGAAUACCUCAAAACACCACGCUCUUCCAUAGGGAUUCAGGUGGAGACGGCGACAGACUCCGAGUCGGAGAGCAAAGGGCUUCCUCAGUACCAUUCUGUGGGCACCCAGGUGGAGGAUGACAAAGGGCAUGGCAGGUUCAAGCGCUCCAACAGCGUGACGACGGCCGUACAAGCUGACAUGGAACUAGAGGGCUUCCCCACCAUGGAGGACAAGGGCCUGCAGUUCGGAGGGGGCUUGGGCCUCCGCGGGGGCCACUCAGAGCCUAGCACGCCCACCCAGUACGGGGCUGUCCGCACCGUCCGCACCCAGGGCCUCUUCAGCUACCGGGAGGACUACCAGCGCUCCUCCAGCGGACCGCCCAGCCCGCAGCCCGAGUCUUGGCUGACAGAGCCCUCUCUGGAGGGGGCUGAGACGGGCCGAGUGUCCCCCCUCCGCAGGGACGGCGGCUGGUUCAUGCAGCUCCUCCAUAAUGAAACUAAGAGGAUGGAGGGAUGGUGUAAAGACAUGGAGAGGGAGGCGGAAGAGCAUGACCUGUCGGAGGAGAUCCUAGGGAAAAUCCGAAGUGCCGUGGGCAGCGCACAACUCCUCAUGUCUCAAAAAUUCCAGCAGUUCUACUGGCUGUGUCAGCAGAACCUGGACCCCAGCGCCAUGCCCCGCCCCACCUCUCAGGACCUGGCCGGAUUCUGGGACCUGCUGCAGCUCUCCAUCGACGACGUCACUGCCAAGUUUGACGAGCUGCAGGAAAUCAAGAGCAACGAGUGGAGGCCCGUGGAGAGACCCGAGAAGAAGACACCAUUACAGGAGAGGAAGUGGCCUCCCCCGCUGCCAAAGAGGCCUCCGAAGGGGCGUGGCGGCGUGAUGCGGGAGCGCUCUCUGGACCUGCAGGACCGCCAGCGUCAGGAGGCACGGCGCCGCCUCAUGGCAGCUAAGCGGGCGGCUUCCUUCAGACAGAACUCAGCCACAGAGCGGGCGGACAGCAUCGAGAUCUACAUCCCCGAGGCCCAGACCCGCCUUUGA